AAAGGGGCGAUUGAAUGUGUGGCGUCCGUAAGAGAUGAUGAGUUCAGCUCUGACUAACCAUCUGGUGCAGUGCUCAAUCGCCACCACUUCCAACACCAAAACCCAUUUUCCCGCCAAAUUACAUUCCUCAUCUUUCUCUACCAUCAAGCUUCGCCCCGACAACCCCAACCACCAUGCUUCUUCGGAUUUAGCGGUUCCAAGAUGUAGCAGGAGAGGGCUAAUAUACAUAGCCACGUUGCCAUGUCUUAUUCCCCUAACUCAAAUCAUUGGUUCUCUCCGAGCCAACGCUAAACAGGCAGUUACAAAUGAAUAUCUUCUUAUUAAAGAAGAAGUGAGGAAGGUAUUGUCAAAAGGAAAGGCUGCAGGAGUGCUUCGUUUGGUGUUCCAUGAUGCUGGAACCUUUGAUAUCGAUGAAAAUACAGGUGGUAUGAAUGGUUCUAUAGUCCAUGAACUUGGAAGACCUGAAAAUGCUGGCCUGAAAAAAUCAGUAAAGGUUCUGCAGAAAGCGAAAACUCAGAUAGAUGCUAUUCAACCAGUGUCCUGGGCGGAUAUGAUAGCUGUGGCUGGAGCUGAAGCAGUUGAAGUAUGUGGAGGUCCACCUAUCCAAGUUUCACUGGGCAGACUAGAUUCACUGGUGCCUGAUCCUGAAGGGAGACUUCCUGAGGAAUCUCUCAAUGCUUCCGGUUUGAAGAAAUGCUUCCAGAGAAAAGGCUUUUCAACACAAGAACUUGUAGCUUUGUCUGGAGCCCACACUAUUGGAGGUAAAGGUUUUGGAAGCCCAAUUUCUUUUGACAAUUCAUAUUAUAAGGUUCUUUUGGAGAAGCCGUGGACAUCUUCAGGUGGCAUGUCGAGUAUGAUUGGCCUUCCUUCAGAUCAUGCACUUGUUGAGGAUGAUGAGUGCUUAAGAUGGAUUAAAAAAUAUGCAGACAAUGAGAAUACGUUCUUUGAAGAUUUCAAAAAUGCGUAUGUCAAGCUGGUGAAUUCUGGUGUGAGGUGGAAUAGCUUAUAAAUUCAUGAGUUGAAUAUCCCAACUUCCACUAAAGGGGCAACUUGUAUUCUUAUUGAUAUAUGCUAAUAGUGUUUAUGCACAGUUGCCUACUACCCCUUAAAAUAUUAAGAGUAAAAUUUUAAUACACUAUUGAUAUAAUGGCUUUCCCACUGUCAAUUAAUUAAAAAUUACUUUAGAUAUUUU